CCGUCAGCAAGGCUCUGUUCGCACUGGCCGUUUCCCUUUGGCAGGUGAACUACUUCUCCAUAUCUUAAAUCACAAAUCUUAGCCACCUUUAGUCUGGGGAAGAGUGUAUUGGCGUUUGUGUGACCUACGCGGAGACCACCGAAGGAGACGAGAAACACCCUUCUCUUACCUCUGCAAUCAUGAUGUCAAUGAAUAGCAAACAACCUUUUAGCAUGCAUCCGAUGCUACACGAGCCGAAGUACACGCCGCUUCACUCAAGUUCGGAGGCCAUCAGACGGGCAUGCUUACCAAACCCCUCGUUGCAGGGAAACAUUUUCGCCGGCUUCGAUGAAACUUUACUCCAGAGGGCAGAGGCGUUGGCGGCGGUGGACAUGGCUCAAAAGACCCAUCCGUACAAGCCGGACGCCACCUACCACACCAUGACGACCAUGACGAGCAUGACCUGCACACCCACGUCCGCGUCAGGCCAUCUCCACCACCCGUCGGUCCUGUCUUCGCACCACCACCACCACCAUCCGCACCAUCAGUCGACGCAAGGCCUGGACGGCGACCUUCUGGAUCAUCUCACCCCGGGCAUCUCUCUGGGAGGAAUGGGAGGCUCCGACGUGUGUUCCACAGGCUCGCACCCGCACUCGCACAUGUCACUCAACCACAUGCAACACCACCACCAGCAGAGCAUGAACAUGCACCCGCACAGCCUGGGCUCACACAACUCGCUGAGCGGCAGCGGAGAUUCGGAGCCCGACCCCAGGGAGCUGGAGUCUUUCGCUGAGCGUUUCAAGCAGCGGCGAAUCAAGCUCGGAGUCACUCAGGCAGACGUCGGGUCAGCCUUGGCGAACCUUAAAAUCCCCGGGGUGGGUUGCCUAAGCCAGAGCACGAUUUGCCGGUUCGAGUCGCUCACCUUGUCGCACAACAACAUGGUCGCCCUCAAGCCCAUCCUCGAAGCGUGGCUGGAGGAGGCCGAGCGAGCUCAGAGGGAGAAAAUGUCAAAGCCGGAGGUCUUUAACGGAGGCGACAAAAAGAGAAAACGCACGUCCAUCGCUGCCCCCGAGAAACGGUCGCUGGAGGCGUACUUCGCUGUGCAGCCUCGGCCCUCGUCCGAGAAGAUAGCGGCGAUCGCGGAGAAACUUGACCUGAAAAAGAAUGUCGUCCGGGUGUGGUUUUGCAAUCAGAGGCAGAAGCAGAAAAGGAUGAAGUUCUCAGCCACUCACUAGCCCACCCCGUUUCAAACAAAUCAGACAUAAUAAGUUAAUGUGGCUGGAUGCUACUGCUGUGUUCUCACUUACCGGGACGAGGUCAGAUAUCAGCGUUCUAUAUAUGCUGAGACAUGUGUAGGCCAAUGUUUUAUACGUGAAAUAUACCAUAAUUUCUACAACAUCCACCAUCAGGACAGAGAUGACAAGACCGUGCGUUCUGAAGUGGAGCAGAAAGAACCCUACUGACACAUGGCAAUUACUGUACAAAAAAAAGGAAAAUCGAAGAGUAAUUAUUCUCUUAGGUCAAAUAAACUCUUUUAUAUUUAUCCAUGUAAAUAUUUGUGAAUAUAUUGCACCUCUGUGUGUGAAAAGCGUGUCAAUUUUGUUCAUUUUUAAAAACAAUUGUGCAGAAGACUACCGAAGCUUAAAAAAUCUCAAUGUUGUACGUGUUUCAGAAGAAAGAUUCGCUCUCGGUGACACGGGGGUCCUACUGUAAUCCAUUGCACGGUUUCUCGUAUAGGGCGUUAUGUGUGCGUUUUCUAGCUGAAAAGUUUUCCAUUUGAAUGCAUUGCAAUAAGAGAACAUACACACGCAAACGCACGUACACAAGGACAUACACACAGUAUAUUUUCUGUGUCUACCUCAUCACAUUCGUCGUGGCACAUUAUUGUUUUUUUUUGUUUUUUUUGAGCUAGGGAAAAUAGGAGUGUUUUUUUCCUCACUAAGUCAUGUUCGAAUUAGACAACACCGAUAUGUAAAUGUUGUAUGUCUCAACGAAUUUCACUGCAACAGUGCUUUGACAAUCAAUUUAAUUCGAAGAAAAUAAUCCCCCAUGUUCUCACUAAGGAACGAAUCAUUUUUUUGGGUUGCUGUUGUUAAUUAUUAUUAUUAUUAUGAUUAUUGUUGUUAUUAUUUAUUAUUACAAUUAUAUAUUAUUAUUUGGAUGGGGAAUUUUUAUUUUCAUUCCAGAAAAAAAUAAUAUUCAGUGCACUUUGUAGAUACUGUUCAGAAGAGACUUGUGUCAGCCUAUUUAUGAUUUAUUUAAUUGGUUUCUAUUUUUUCUUAUUUAUUUGACCUUAACUUAUUUUUAAUGCAACGUAUAUUUCAUUUGUGACAGUGUGCUUAUAUUUGUCUGUGUAAGCGACAGAAACUCAAAAUAAACCCUGCACGUUUUA